UGUUAGUGCAAAUAGUGUCAAUGAAAAGGAGAAAUAAGAAUGAGAGAGAAGAAGAAAAAGAGGAACAAAAGCACCUUCAUAGAGGGCCCAUAACAUGUCUCCUCAGUUAGACCCAAAGACGUGAUUUUCAUCUUUCCCUCCACUGCACUAUCCUUAUUCUUUCAACUUUUUUUUUUUCAAUUGUUAUCAUUAUCAUUUCUUGCCAAAAAUACCCAAAAAUUCCUCUGGACAAAGAAUUCUAAUUAAUCAUGUCAGGUGAUGUAGCCAAAGAUUCUGCUGAAGGGUCCUCACGAUCCUCCUCCGGUAACCACCACAACCAGCCUCAGCCGGCUCCGUUGAGCCGGUAUGAGUCCCAGAAAAGGCGAGACUGGAACACUUUCGGGCAGUAUUUGAAGAACCAGAGGCCCCCAGUUGCACUAUCACAGUGUAACUGCAACCACGUUCUUGAUUUUCUACGAUACCUUGAUCAGUUUGGCAAGACUAAGGUUCACCUACAUGGUUGUGUCUUUUUCGGUCAACCUGACCCGCCUGCUCCUUGUACUUGUCCACUAAGGCAAGCCUGGGGGAGUCUUGAUGCACUGAUCGGACGCCUAAGAGCUGCUUAUGAGGAGCAUGGUGGCUCACCGGAGACUAACCCUUUUGGAAAUGGAGCAAUUCGGGUUUUUUUGCGUGAAGUCAGGGACUGCCAAGCUAAGGCCAGAGGGAUUCCCUAUAGGAAGAAAAAGAAGAAGAAGAAUCAAAUUAAACCCAACGUCGACGAGCCAAAGUCAUCAUCCAAGCAGCAGAUCUCUUAGCUUUACCCAGGUGCUUUGGCUUCUUUAGACAAAUGGAUCGAUGGUCAGUCAGCAUUCAUCAAACAAGCAAAACCAGAGGGGAAGAGAAGGGUAUACAAAAAGGCAAACGUUUGAAGUUAAUGUAGCACUACCACUACUACUGCUUUAAUGUUAAGGUUCUCUCGCUUUGCAUCAUUCACUGAUAAAAGUUGUGUACCUAAUAAUUAUGUUGUUGUCAUAGCAAUUAAUUAAAGCUUGUCUCAAUCGGUUGUUAAUUCUCUUGCUAUUGAUUAGCAUUUUAAUUAAUUACUAUCAUCCAUCACCUUGUAAGUUAUAUAUAAUAUUAUUACACCUUAGACGUAUUGAUUAAGGAUAUAAUGAUAUUAAUUAC